UACCUUUAGCGAGCGUUGGUCUGUUUUGUUGCAUUCGUUAAACAAAGUUUAAGGCAAAACAUGGCCAAGUUAUUUAUAGAAGACAAAGAGGUAGCUCGACGCAAUGUGUAAGAGUCGGUACCGGAUUUUUAAUCUUGACCGGAAGAUAAGUUAUUUAUCUAUAAACAACAUGUGCGCUUGUUAACUAGUCUGCGAAAAUCACUGGGUGAUACACUUGAUACUUGAUGAUAAAAUAACUGAAAAGGAGUAUCAAUACAACGUUGAUUGUCAUAUUAACCGGGUUGUUGAGACGCAUUCGUUAGUUACUGUGAAAUUGUUCGUGCAAAAAUGGCUCAAAUCGUAUACGUUCCGGCUACGCAAGCAGUUGCAGAUACCAUGUUGUCCGAUAUGGAAGAGAUGCCCACGAUCAAAUUGGGCGACUACGUUUUGCAAAUGGAACUAGAAGAACUGAAACCUGAAGUACAAGAAAUUGCAAGGAAGGAACUCAGGGAAACUCCCGACGUCAAAAGGGAAGCUGUUAUAGAACUUAGGGAUAUUUUAAAAGAGGAAAAAGACUUGCACGUGCCCUUAGACAACGACAUUUGGUUAGUAAGGUUCUUAAGACCUUGUAAAUUCUAUCCAGAAAGUGCACGAGACUUGAUAAAAAGGUAUUAUCAGUUCAAAGUAAAACACGCCGAUAUGUAUGAUGGCCUUUUACCAAGUAGAGAACGUAACAUUUUCCAACAAAAUAUAUUGACCGUACAGCCAAACAGAGAUCAGCUAGGUAGAAGGAUUUUAGUCAUAGAAUUAGGAAAAAAAUGGAAGACUAGUGAAGUUACCUUAGACGAAGUAUUUAAGGGCUGUGUUCUUUUUCUGGAAGCCGCCAUGUUGGAACCGGAAACGCAAGUGUGUGGCGCAAUCGUUGUCUUUGACAUGGACGGUUUAUCCUUAGCACAAACCACAAAAUUCACCCCAUCUUUUGCCAAACGGAUAGUAGACUGGUUGCAGGAUAGCGUCCCGCUAAGGAUAAAAAACAUUCACAUCGUAAAUCAACCCUAUAUCUUCAAGAUGGUAUUCGCCCUCUUCAAACCAUUCCUGAAGGAAAAACUUAGGAACAGGAUUAUUUUCCAUGGUUCAGACCGCAAGUCCCUUCACCAGUACAUAAGUCCCAAGUGUUUGCCGGACUGCUACGGUGGUACAUUGGACUUGCCUAGGAUCGACGGCGAGCAAUGGUUGGAACUCUUGGAAAAAUGUGAUAAUGAAUACAAAGCUAUUAACUCAUAUGGCUACAACAAGAAAGUAGAGGCUUGAGAAGAAUCUUAGAAG